GUUUACCUUCCCGCUUUUUUUUUAAUUAACCAGUAAAGUAAACUCUCUAUUUCCGUAGCGGCGAAUUUUGUCGCGAAAGGGUAAGAUUUGACCACACUGAACUUCCCGGUAAACUUACUCAGUCGCCGAGCUGUAUGAAUUCUCGAGAGUUUGUUCUCGUCUCUACAGCAACGAUCUUCGGUGCAUUAGCAUCUGCACUCGCGGCUCGCUUCUUUUUCUCCAACCAGAAAAAGCAUAAUCAUCCGUCCUUAAACGGCGUCAUUUCUAAGAAAUGUUCUGCUCGGUGUCCGUUCGAUCCUUCCAAAAGGAAUGAGUAUUUGUCAUGGGACGAUUAUUUUAUGGCAAUUGCAUUUUUGUCAGCUGAAAGAUCCAAAGAUCCAAACAGGCAGGUUGGUGCAUGCUUGGUCAGUCAAAAUGGAGUUAUUCUUGGCAUUGGCUAUAAUGGAUUUCCGAGAGGUUGCUCAGAUGACAAACUUCCUUGGGCAAAGAAAUCUAAGACUGGGGAUCCCUUGGAGACAAAGUAUCCUUAUGUUUGCCAUGCUGAAGUUAAUGCUAUUCUGAACACAAAUCAUGCCUCUGCUGCUGGUCAGAAACUCUAUGUGACUAUGUUUCCCUGCAAUGAGUGUGCCAAGAUAAUUAUUCAGUCAGGAGUAUCAGAAGUUAUAUAUUUUGUGGAGAAGAAAAGUGACUCCGACAUAGCAUGCAUUGCUUCACAGAAGCUACUAUCAAUGGCUGGAAUUAAGGUCAGAAGACAUCAGCCUCAAAUGGAUCAAAUUUUGAUCAAGUUCGAAGAUCCUAGAUGAUGACUUUUGGUUUCAUCUUGUACGUAUAGUCUGAAGAUUGCUCAUCUUUUAUCAUCUGUUCCAUGAAAGCGGGAAGUGGUCUAUCUGCCUGGCUAUUAUUAUUAACUUCAAUAAAGUCGAAAAUUAUGAGGGCUGUUUGUUUCCUAAAAAAUGAUCUUGGGGCUGUGACAAUGUAGACACUCCAGCAUAUAGCACAAUGCAUAUCAUCUGAAAAGGGACAUUUAUAUUCGAAGAAUCGAAAGAGCUGUUGGUAAAAUAUUGAAUUCCCCCUCUCGUGGGAUUAAAAAGGUUGUUUAAAAGUUUAUGUCAUGUUCAUGACAUGGUAA